AUGGAAUCUAGAUUAGGCUGGUUGACCGAUUUGAGUACCGAAACUGGUACCAACUUGAGAAGAACCUCAAUUAUUUGUACCAUUGGUCCAAAGACCAACAACCCAGAAACUUUGGUUGAAUUGAGAAAGGCUGGUAUGAACAUUGUUCGUAUGAACUUCUCCCACGGUUCUUACGAAUACCAUCAAUCUGUCAUUGACAACGCCAGAAAAUCUGAAGAACUAUACCAAGGUAGACCUCUGGCUAUUGCAUUGGACACUAAGGGUCCUGAAAUCAGAACUGGUACCACCACUAACGAUGUGGAUUACCCAAUUCCUCCAAACCACGAAAUGAUCUUCACUACUGAUGACAAGUACGCUAAGGCUUGUGACGACAAAACCAUGUACGUUGAUUACAAGAACAUCACCAAGGUCAUUGAAGCUGGUAGAAUUAUCUACGUCGAUGAUGGUGUUUUGUCAUUCGAAGUUUUGGAAGUUAUUGAUGACAACACCUUGAAGGUUAAGUCUUUGAACGCCGGUAAGAUUUGUUCUCACAAGGGUGUCAACUUGCCAGGUACCGAUGUCGAUUUGCCAGCUUUGUCCGAAAAGGACAAGUCUGACUUGAAAUUCGGUGUCAAGAACGGUGUCCACAUGGUCUUCGCCUCUUUCAUCAGAACCGCUCAAGAUGUUUUGACUAUCAGAGAAGUUUUGGGUGAGCAAGGUAAGGAUAUCAAGAUCAUUGUUAAGAUUGAAAACCAACAAGGUGUCAACAACUUUGACGAUAUCUUGAAGGUCACUGACGGUGUUAUGGUUGCUAGAGGUGAUUUGGGUAUUGAAAUUCCAGCUCCUCAAGUGUUUGCUGUGCAAAAGAAGUUGAUUGCUAAGUGUAACUUGGCUGGUAAGCCAGUUAUCUGUGCUACCCAAAUGUUGGAAUCCAUGACCUACAACCCAAGACCAACCAGAGCUGAAGUCUCUGAUGUUGGUAACGCCGUUCUUGAUGGUGCUGACUGUGUUAUGUUGUCUGGUGAAACUGCCAAGGGUAACUACCCAAUCAAUGCCGUUAAGACCAUGGCUGAAACUGCUUUGAUUGCUGAACAAGCCAUCCCAUACAUCCCAACUUACGAUGACUUAAGAAACUUGACUCCAAAGCCAACCUCAACCACUGAAACUAUCGCUGCUGCUUCUGUUUCUGCUGUAUUUGAACAAAAGGCCAGAGCUUUGAUUGUCCUAUCCACCACCGGUGACACUCCAAGAUUGGUUGCCAAGUACAAGCCAAAUGUCCCAAUUGUUAUGGUUACUAGAAACCCAAGAGCUGCUAGAUUCUCUCAUCUAUAUAGAGGUGUCUUCCCAUUCGUAUACGAUGAAUCCUCUGACUCCGAAUGGACUGUCGAUGUUGAAAAGAGAAUCAACUUCGGUGUCAAGAAGGCCAAGGAAUUCGGAAUUUUGGUUGACGGUGACACCAUUGUCACCAUUCAAGGUUUCGCCGCUGGUGUCGGUAACUCCAACACUCUACGUGUCUUGACCGUUUAA